GGGGUUGUACUACGGCCUGCCCCCGUGACGUCAUGUGUUGGUGUGUGUAUGUGGACUGCGGGUCGAACGGUCGCCAGAAUUUCAAACUCCGUCCUGCGCCGACCUGACGUGCUUCUCCGAGCACCAUGAAGAGGGUCAGACGACUCAGCAGCAGCGACGAGUCUGACCAUGGCAGUAACUCCACCUGCUGGUCGCAGCACUCUCAGACCCUGGCCCGACGGAGCACAGGCAUGAAGGCGUCUGAGGUGUUCCGGACGGACCUGAUCACAGCGAUGAAGGUCCAUGACUCCCAGUGUCUGAGUGCGGAGGACUUCUACGUUCUGGCCGACCCCUGGAGGCAGGACUGGGAGAAGGGGGUCCAGGUCCCCGUCAGCCCCCAGUCUCUGCCCCAGCCAAUCGCCAGGGUGGUGUGUGAGCCCAGCAGGGAGACCAGCUACACGCGUCCUAAGAAGCUGGUGCGCCUGUCGGGCUCCGAGGCGCUGGGCUACGUGGACAUCCGGACGCUGGCCGACGCCGUCUGCCGCUACGACCUCAACGAGGACGACCAGGCCUGGCUGCUGGCCGUCAACCAGGAGCUCCAGGAGAUGGGGUUGCCCUUGUUGGACGAGAUCACCAUGGAGACGGUGAUGGAGGAGUUUGAGCGCCAUUGCCAUGACAACAUGAGCCACGCCGUGCAGACGGAGGAGGGCCUGGGCAUCGAGUACGACGACGACGUGGUGUGUGAGGUGUGCCACGCCCCCGACGGCGAGGACAACAACGAGAUGGUGUUCUGUGACAAGUGCAACAUCUGCGUCCACCAGGCGUGCUACGGGAUCCAGAAGGUUCCCGAGGGCAGCUGGCUGUGCCGGACGUGUGCGCUGGGUUUGUCCCCUCGCUGCCAGCUGUGUCCCCAGAGGGGCGGGGCCAUGAAGCCCACGCGCAGCGGGACCAAGUGGGCCCACGUCAGCUGCGCCCUCUGGAUCCCUGAGGUGAGCAUCGGGAACCCAGAGAAGAUGGAGCCCAUCACCAACGUGUCCCACAUCCCCAGCAGCCGCUGGGCCCUGCUCUGCUGCGUCUGCCAGGACAAGACCGGGGCCUGCAUACAGUGCUCGGCUAAGAACUGCCGCGUCGCAUUCCACGUGACCUGCGGCCUCAAGAACAAGCUGAAGAUGAUCACCUUCCUCACCGAGGAAGACGAGGUCAAGUUCAAGUCCUUCUGCCCCAAACACUCGGGCCCGGAGGAGGAGGAGGAGGAGGAGGGCGGGGCCGACAAGAGGAGCUGGAGGAGGGGCCGGGUGAGAGGCGAAGAGGACGAGCAGGAGGACAAGAAGAGGGGGAACCUCCGGCAACUGAAGCUGCAGCAGCUGGAGGAGGAGUUCCCGGCGUUCGUGGCGGCGGAGGAGGUGGCGGAGCGGCUGCGGCUGUCGGCCGAGCUGGUGGACUUCCUGUUCCAGUACUGGAAGCUGAAGCGCAAAGCCAACUUCAACCAGCCGCUCCUCACCCCCAAGAAGGAGGAGGAGGAGAGCCUAGCCCGCCGCGAGCAGGAGGUGCUGCUGAGGCGCCUCCAGCUCUUCACCCACCUCCGGCAGGACCUGGAGAGGGUGAGGAACCUGAGCUACAUGGUGACCAGGAGGGAGAAGAUGAAGAGGUCGCUCUGCCGCCUCCAGGAGCAGAUGUUCCACAAGCAGCUCCUCCUGCUGGAGCAGCUCAGUGCCGAUCCUUCGGCCACGGACCCGGACCAGAACCUCUCGGAGGGCUCCUCCUCCACCUCCUCCACCACCUCCUCCACCACCUCCUCCACCACCUCCACCUCCUCCACCUCCUCCACCACCUCCUCCACCUCCUCCACCUCCUCCGCCUCCAAGGGCCGGAGGCUGAGGCCCGACAGGAGGACCAGAGGGAGGAGCUCCCCAGCCUCUCCUCCCCACGGCGCCAAGGGGUCCGGGAGCAGGAGCGCCAGACAGCCCGCCCCCGACCAGAGCCAGGGCGCCCUCCCCGAGGGCCGCAGGGGCCCCGGGCGGGGGUCCCCGGUCCCGGAGGGGGCCCGGCGGGGGGGGGCCGGGGAGGAGGAGGAGGAGGAGGGGAGGAGGAGGAAGGCCUCAGAGGGCCCCGCCCCCCGGCGCCUGGAUAAGACGGUGUGCGUCCGGCUGGUGGACAUCCGCCUGCUCCACCCGCCCCCCGGCUCCACCUGCAGCACCACCUGCAGCCAGCUGAAGAACUGGGGCAAGUUCAGGAUCCCCAAGAGGGCGGAGAGACCCCCCCCCUCGGAACUCCCGAGCCCCGAGGCCCCCCGGACCCGCCUCCGCUCCGGGGCCGCGCCCCCCGGGGCCCCGCCCACCGGGCAGGGGGCGGAGCCCGGCGGCCAGGAGGCGGAGCCCAGCCCGAAGCGAUGUCACUCCCACCAGCUGAGAAGGGACGCCACGCUCGGCCGUCGCUACGGCAACCACAUCAUCCGGCAGGGCGUGCUGGCGUCUUGACGAGAGGGCGGAGCCUAUCGUCCUAGCCGUGUCCAAUGAGACGUCUCCGACAGAACCCAGCCCAUAUUUAUGUUAAUUUGUAAGAUGUGUACAAAUUUGGGAAAUAUUUUACUUUAUUUUAUUUUCAUUAAUUUCGAGGAGAAGGAUUGUCCAGCUGCCAUGAAGUCCUGCCUGCUGGUUAAGGAGCUACAUGCUACUAAAGAGCUAACUGCUAGUUUGGCUACUGUCUGCUCGGGGAAGUGGUGUUCGUUCUGGAAUGCCAGCAUCAGUUUAGCGUAGAAGAAGAAUCAAGGACUUCUUCAUGUCCGUCGUUCACAGCUCUGAUAAACAAGCUGAAUCAUGAGCCUCUUCGCCCUGCCAUAGUGCCUAACUUAAAUGUGAUGAAAUAUGCGGCAUAUUUAAGCAAUUUUAUGCAAUGAAAUUGCGGGAACUUGCGACAAAAUGCGGGAACUUGCGAAAAUGCAGCUUUUCGAUGACGUUCACAUCGCGUAAUUAUGUCACUUCAUAACGUUCCCAUGGCAACAGGGGCAAAUGGCUGCUCUCUGUGUGAAGUAAACGCAACAUUUUUCAACUUUCUGCUAAGAUAUGUGACUUUUUUGCAACGGAAAUGCAGGGAUUAUGAAAUCAUGCACGCCCUGCAUAUUUUGCGCGGAAAUCUGCAAUUUAUGCGGUGAAAGUGCGGCAUAUUUGAAAAAAUGCGGCCCCCGCAUGAAUAUGCAGACUUUGGCUGAUUGUGCGUUGAAUUAUGCGAUCGCAUAAUCACGUUUUUCUGGAGGGACUGUUCAAUGCGUUUAGUCUUUAAUGCCUUGAGUCUUUAUGCUUCAAGUCUUUAUGCCUUAAGUCUUUAAUGCAUUAGGUCUUACAUGUGGGCUUUAUUGUGUAUAACCUUUGUGUUUAACCUUUAAUGUUUGCACUAUCAGAGGACUGUGAGUUCAGAUAUUUUUACACUGAAUACUAAUUUUGUACUUUCACCUGCUGCUGAACUCUUAUGCAAAAUAAAACAUUUCUAAAUGUU